GGCAGGCUCUGCCAGUACUCUCCAGAGAUGCCACUGUCUUUUCCUCAACCACGCCUCUGGGCACUUCUUUUGAUGGUGGUGUCAAACCUCCUUUUAUGGGAUAAUGUGGCCUCUGGAACAUUGACUAGUCAUGAGACUGAUGGUGAUCCAGUAUCCAUCAAGGGACUGUUAAAUAAUGCCACCAGACUGUCUCAGAAUAUCAGGAACCUGAACAUAGUAUUGCGCAGGAAAUAUACAGUCCAUGAAAUCUCUCCCCUCCUAUUUGGUAGUAAUAUACAUGACUUUCACGAGCAUCUGGAGUUCGUGGUCAAGACUCUCACCUCCUGCCACAAUUAUUCCAUUAAAACUCCAGAAAACUUGGAUAAAGCUCGACAGAUCCCUUUUAAGGACUUUCCAAAGGUGAUCCUCAGUAGAGUGUGGGCUUGGAAUGAAACUUCUAAAAAUCUACUGAACAUACUCAGAAGUAUUCCAGAAACGCAUGAUGACGUCAUUUCACUCGCCAAAGAUAUUGAAACAAAAUUGGCAGAGCUUUCUGAAUAUAUCCAGACUAUACUUAGCUCGAUUUAUGGACCAACAGAAGAUGUAGAUUACACCAUCUUUUCCGGUCUUGAAGACUUAAGAUCAUCUCAUGAUGAGUUUCGCAUCUUUGCUCUUUGUAAAUUUUCCUAUUGCUUACGUGAUGAUAUACGUAUGAUUGAAUUAUAUUUGGAGCUAUUGGAGUGUGUGAAAAAUGUUAAUGUUGAUAUGUGCUUAUCCAACUAUAGCAGAGAUGCUUCUUGAUGCUGAAUCAUUUUAAAUAAUCUUAAUUUCAUAAUUGUGAAGGUAUGGUUGUAUAUGAUGGGUGUCUUUAAAAAUAUGAUGGAUGUCUUUAAAAAGAAAAUAAAUAAAUAAAUAAAUAAGAACAUAUAUGUGUGUUAAUGUUUACAAAUAAAUUUGCUAGUAUCAUUUA